AUGAGGAUCCAUCACUUCCUCUUCACGUUGCUCCUGGUGCUCCUGUCACAGCUCGCGGCUUUUACUGAAAGUAGAAGCAACCCCAUAACUUGCCUCAGAAGAGGAGGCUUUUGUUGGGGUUUGUGCCCUGGAGGUACUCGACAGAUUGGCGAUUGUGGUAUUAGCUGGUUCAGGUGCUGCAAAAAAUUAUAA